GGCGCCGGGGCGGCGGGGCCGUCGGCGUGCGGCUGUCCGCGCGUGCGCCGUCGCCCCGCGACACCGAGGCCGACCGGGGGGCCGGGGGCUGACCGCCAUGACCCCCCGCAGCCCGGCGUGAGGAGGGCCCGAGGCCCCAGGCUCUCUGCCCUGAGUUCAGCCGGGAGACGUGUGCGUGCCCCGGGGCGAGGGAGUUCCCUUCUCUGGUCCCCUCCAGGGUGGCCGUGAAUCCGGGCGUGGAAGGACUGCGGAUACAUGGAAAUCGCCGCCGGGCCGGAGCCGUGUCCUCUCCCCUCUCAGAUGCGGUGACCUGCCGGCACCCGCCAGCUGCCCCGCCUGCACAGCCCGGGGGGCCCGUGCCCCUCGCCGCGGCCGCUGGGCACCAUGUCCACCUCGUCGCUGCGGCGCCAGAUGAAGAACAUCGUGCACAACUACUCGGAGGCGGAGAUCAAGGUCCGCGAGGCCACGAGCAAUGACCCCUGGGGCCCGUCCAGCUCGCUCAUGUCCGAGAUCGCCGACCUCACCUACAACGUCGUGGCCUUCUCCGAGAUCAUGAGCAUGAUAUGGAAGCGGCUCAACGACCACGGCAAGAACUGGCGGCAUGUGUACAAGGCCAUGACGCUGAUGGAGUACCUCAUCAAGACGGGCUCGGAGCGUGUGUCGCAGCAGUGCAAAGAGAACAUGUACGCCGUGCAGACGCUGAAGGACUUCCAGUACGUGGACCGUGACGGCAAGGACCAGGGCGUGAACGUGCGUGAGAAGGCCAAGCAGCUGGUGGCCCUGCUGCGGGACGAGGACCGCCUGCGGGAGGAGCGUGCCCACGCGCUCAAGACCAAGGAGAAGCUGGCGCAGACUGCCACGGCCUCCUCUGCAGCUGUGGGCGCCGGGCCCCCGCCCGAGGCCGAGCAGGCCUGGCCACAGAGCAGCGGGGAGGAGGAGCUGCAGCUCCAGCUGGCCCUGGCCAUGAGCAAGGAAGAGGCCGACCAGCCCCCGUCCUGCGGCCCCGAGGACGACGUCCAGCUCCAGCUGGCCCUUAGUUUGAGCCGAGAGGAGCACGACAAGGAGGAGCGGAUCCGGCGCGGGGACGACCUGAGGCUGCAGAUGGCGAUCGAGGAGAGCAAGCGGGAGACGGCGGGCCAGGAGGAGUCGUCCCUCAUGGAUCUCGCUGACGUCUUCACAGCCCCGGCGCCUCCACCGGCCUCUGACCCCUGGGGGGGUCCAGCACCCAUGGCUGCCGCCAUGCCCACGGCUGCCCCCACCUCGGACCCCUGGGGGGGACCUGCUGUCCCUCCAGCUGCUGAUCCCUGGGGCGGCCCAGCCCCCACGCCGGCUGCUGGGGACCCCUGGAGGCCUGCUGCCCCCGCAGGGCCCUCUGUGGACCCUUGGGGAGGGAGCUCGGCCCCCGCAGCUGGAGAGGGGCCCACACCUGACCCGUGGGGAAGCUCUGAGGGUGGGGCCUCACUCAGUGGACCCCCGGCCUCUGACCCCUGGGCACCGGCUCCAGCCUUCUCAGACCCCUGGGGGGGCUCCCCUGCCAAGCCGAGCACCAACGGCACUGCAGCUGGGGGCUUUGACCCAGAGCCCGAUGAGUUCUCUGACUUCGACCGGCUUCGCACGGCCCUGCCAACCUCUGGGAGCAGCACAGGCGAGUUGGAGCUGCUGGCAGGAGAGGUGCCCGCCCGCAGCCCUGGGGCGUUCGAUUUGACUGGGGUUGGGGGGUCUCUGGCUGAGGCUGUGGGGAGCCCCCCGCCUGCAGCCACCCCCACCCCCACGCCCCCCACACGGAAGACGCCAGAGUCAUUCCUGGGGCCUAAUGCAGCCCUGGUGGACCUGGACUCGCUGGUGAGCCGGCCAGGCCCCACACCGCCAGGAGCCAAGGCCUCCAACCCCUUCCUGCCAAGCGGAGCCCCUGCCGCCGGCCCCUCCGUCACCAACCCCUUCCAGCCAGCACCCCCUGCGACGCUCACCCUGAACCAGCUCCGCCUCAGCCCUGUGCCCCCGCUCCCUGGGGCGCCACCCACCUACAUCUCUCCUCUCGGUGGGGGCCCCGGCCUACCGCCCAUGAUGCCCCCAGGCCCGCCGGCCCCCAACACUAACCCGUUCCUCCUAUAAUCCAGGGCAGGCUCCCCCCAUCUGCUCCCUGGGAGAUCAGUGUUGUGAGUGCAUGUGACACGGGGGACCCCCACCCCAGAGCCCUUCCCCUCCUGGGGCCCACUCACACUACACUCUCUUCCUGCAUCCCCAGCCCACCUCCCCCGGCGAGAAACUGGACACGAGGGGAGGGGCAGGGGAGCUGGCUAGAGGAGGACCCCUUUCCCGUGGCAUUAGAAGGGGGAGGGAUAGCUGGGGCCCCCCCACUCCCCUCCCUCCCAAAUCCAGCCCCCCAAUCAGUGUUUGAGCCUCCCCGUCCCCUCUGCACCCCUCGGUGAACCCUUGGUGAUGAUUUUGGCAACUUGGGGAAUAAACGACGAUUCUCACGGGUGUGGCUCCCCGAAU